AUGGGUCUCUGUCCCGGGGCCUCACCGGUGGUCAUGAAUCAUGGGGAGAUGGAGGACGUUUCCACCACGGGGCCCCUGGUGCUGACAAAGGAAGCACCUGGUUUUCUGGGCAGAGUGGGUUGUACUGCAGGUGCCAUUGGGCAUAGUGACCCAGCAGGUGGCUCUGCUCCUGGGGGCGCUGUUGCUGGCCCUGAGCCCUGCCUCCCCUCUGGGGCCCCAGCGCUCCGGGCUGGCCCGUCCUCCUGCCCCGUCUCCCCAGCUGAGGACAUGGAGGAUCUCUCCAGCUGCUGUGCGCUCUGCCGCCUCACCUCCCUGCUCCUCCUCAUCCAGCUGCCCACUGGGGGGUCAGCAGAAUGUCUUGUGGAGAUUCAGAAUUAUCACAGCUCAAUCCCUCAGGCCAUGAUGGCUCAUGUUAUCCAACACCUGUCCCCAGCCUGCCCGGGCCUUCCCACCAGACUGUGUGUGUUUCCUGCCCUCACUCUGUGCCUCUCUUCCUUUCUCACUCCCAUGUCUGUGUCCACAGAGGGGUUCUUCGUGACUGGCCCCUCGGAUCCCAUUGUGGCAGUGCUGGGCGGAGACACCGUGCUGCCCUGUCGUGUGUUGCCACCCACAAGUGCAGAAGACAUGGAGCUGAGGUGGUUCCGCUCCAAGUUUUCAGAAGCCGUGUUCAUCUAUCAAAACCGAGUCGAGCAGAAUGAGGGGCAGAUGGCUCGUUACGUAGGGCGGACCUCGCUGGUGAGCGACUUCCUUGCCCGGGGGGAGGCUGCCGUACGCAUCCAGAAGGUCCAGGUUUCAGACAAUGGGCUGUACACCUGCUUCUUCAGAAAGGGAGACUUCUACGAAGAGGCGAGUUUGGAGCUGAAGGUGGCAGGUGUGGGCUCUGCCCCUCAGGUGCGCAUCACAGGGCCCGAGAAGGAUGGCGUCCGUGUGGUGUGCACGGCCUCAGGGUGGUUCCCGAAGCCCCAGGUGCAGUGGAGAGGCCUCAGCGGAGAGAAGUUCCUGGCGUUCUCCGAGGCCCACACCCAGGACGCUGAAGGGCUGUUCAGCGUGGAAGUGGCUCUGGUGGUGAGAGACAGCUCUGCAGGGAACGUGACCUGCUCCGUCCUCAACACUGUCCUGGGCCAGGAGAAGGCCAUGGCCAUUUUCAUCCCCGAGCCCUUCUUCCCCCAGGCCUCUCCCUGGAAGCUGGCUUUCUCAGUGAGCCUGACUGUGCUGAUGGCCCUGCUCCUUGGGGCUGGAUAUUACACCACGAGAGAACAUUCCAGGAAGUUGCUGGUGAUGCGAGAAAAGGAGAAUCUGCGCAUGGUGAAGGAGCAGGACCGGUGGACAAAGCAAGAGGUGCUGAAGGACACAGCUGAACUCCAGACAGAACUCGACACAACCGUGUGGACCCCCUCCCUGGGGCGGAAGUGGAGGCUGCUGGGAGGCAGAACCCAGCUGCAAGGGCUCUCCCAGAUCUCGGCCGCUGAUUCCCACCCAGUGCUUGGGAACCUGGGUGUGACGCCUCCAUCCAGAGACCGCAGGGACUCCUCCUUGGAACACAGAUCUGCCUCCAUUCUGGCCUGUCCUCUGCUGCGGGGCACUGUCAGGGUUAGCAACGCCCUCCCCAAACCCCUGGCCCAACUGGAACUGCUCACUGGUGCAGUGACCUUGGAGAGGUCAGGUAUUGGCGGAAGGAGAAGUUCCAGGCCUGUGAGUGACUUCGUGUUCUUUCUGGAUGUUCCUACUGCUGGCCCUGUGGCCUCUCCUUCAGUUCUUAGUGGUGAUGCAGAUGCUGGCACCAUCAAUGGUGGGCCUGUCACUCUGGAUCCAGGAUCUGCCCAUUCAAACCUUGUCUUCUCUCAUGAAAACACGACUGUGGCCUUGAAGGACACCAAUGUGAACGUAGAAGACACCUCGAGCGUAUUGGGCUUUGAGAGCAUCACAUCAGGGUGCUGUUACUGGGAGGUGGAGAUCAGGGAUGGAGACCGAAGCUCUGAGUGGGCUCUGGGGGUCUGUAGGGAAGGUGUGAACAGGAACGAAUGGUAUGUAGAAUCCCCAGACAAGGGGUUCUGGGUUGUGGGGCGGUUUGAAAUUGGAUAUUGUGCCCGUACUACACCUAUGACUCAGCUAUCCCUCCGACAGGUUCUCCACAGGGUAGGGGUGUUCCUGGACCACAAGGAAGGGGAUGUCUCCUUCUACAACAUGACUGAUGGCUCCCACAUUUUCUCCUUCCCCCAGGCUUCCUUCUUUGGGACCAUCUUUCCAUACUUCAUGAUCAAGUCAGGAGAUGUGUCCCUGACCGUCUGUUCCAAGGAGGGAUGGUCUGAGGGGCACCGUGUGCCCCAUAACAGUUUUUUUCUGGAGGAGCCUGUGAGCCUCCCAGGGGAGGGGUUCAGCUCAGGCUCUGGUGCUAAUGCUCCGCCAGUGGCUGAGUCUCCAUUACUCCCCUGCAAACCGGAGGCUGUGUCCCCAUAG